UUUUUCCUGAAUUGGUUGAUAAUUUAAUGUGUAAUAUUGGUGAGAAAAUGUGAAACGGAGAGAAUUCUAUUGGUUGAGACUAGCAAUUUCUGAUUCGUGCUUGCUAGUUUUAACUUUAAUUUAUGAAGAAUGCACCGCACUGGAAAUUGGGUAUGUUGAAAAUGCGUGAUAAUUUUAGCAGUUAUUCGAUGUAUUUUAGCUGUUAUUCGAUGCUUGCUAGGUUUUUGGGGACCUCAAAUAUAAUUUCGAGAGGGUGAGCCUUUGUAUUUCUAUAGUUAACAUGAAUAUGAAGAUAUAAAUCUGAUAGCAGUUUGGAGAUUAUGUAUGUGUGCAGAUUAAAAUAGGGGGAAGAAAUUUUCAUGGACUUAAUUUAUGUAAAUUUUUUUCUCUUACUCUUAAUACUAUUUGUUCCUUUGUCAAUAAUGUUUAAUCCCUUCAUCCCUCCGCCUUCGUCCCUGCUGGUAAUGUAUUCAUUAUCAGUUCUAUUAGUUAAAAAAUAAUGUUAAAUAAUAUUGUUGAAGUAAAACAGACCUAGAAGAAAGUCACAUUGAAUAAGAUGUUGAGUCGAAUGCAAGGUGUUUGGUUUUGGUUUUGGUUGAUUGCCCUGUUAUAAAAUUAAAGCAACAUUUCGUGCUAUGUAUGUUGGUUUUGGUUGACUGCCCUGUUAUGAAAUUAGUGUAGCGAGUGGUAUGUGACUUGAGGGAAUAGAGGUCGUUUAAAUGUGUAUUGCAUUUGGAGGCAAGUUGAGAAAAAUAAAAGGACAUGGCGUUCCUAGCAGCAGUUUUUAUUCUUCCUGCAGGCACUCUUUUCAUUCUCUCAGGCCUUAUUGUUAACGCAAUGCAGAUUCAAGAAUCUGACGAGGCAAGAAAGAAGUUCUCAAAUGCUAAAUCUCUUUCUUACUCCCAAUUUUUUGGAGAUCAGAACAAAGCUGCAGACGUGGCUGAUCAAGCUACUUUGUCAAAGUUUUCAGGUUCAUCUGCCAUCUCCAGUGAUGUUCAUACCCUCGUUUGUGUUUUUCUUCUACUUCUUAUUAUUAUCCUUUAUUCUCCAUUGCAUUCAUAA